CCGCCCCCAAAUUCUCCCCCACCUGAAUCGCCAACCCCAGAUUAUCCACCCCCCGAUUGUCCUCCCCCCAGUAUGCCGCCACCUGACUCUUUCCCUCCUCCGCAAAACCCGCCUCCUAACGUUUCUCCUCCAGAUUCCCCGCCUCCUCUUUCUGCCAAUCCCCCGCCCCCUAGCCGUCCACCCCCACUUAUCCUCCCACCACCAAACCCUCCCCCAAUGACUUCUCCUAACCCUCCCCCUCCCGCUAACCCUCCUCCUGCUAACCCUCCUCCCCUCCAACCGCCUCCUGCAAGUCCGCCUCCUCCAAACCCGCCGCCUUCAAACCCGCCGCCUUCAGACCCGCCUCCUAUAACUCCCCCUCUCAGCCCCCCUCCAAGUAUUCCCCCUAUUCUGCCCCCACCCCCACGCUUUUCACCCCCUCUUUUCCCUCCUCCCCAGCUCUCGCCGCCGGCUAAGCCGCCCGUUAACCCGCCUCCUAACCCCCCAGCUAAGCCUCCCCCCAGCUCACUCCCUCCUCCCCACCAAGAGCCUCCCCCUCGCGACUGCCCCCCCCUCGAGCCUCCCCCUGCGAAGCCCCCCCCGAGGCCCCCCCCUGGCGCGCCACCGCCAGUAACCCCGAGUGCACUGCUACUGACCUUCAACGCUAGUAACGCGUACCCCUUCCCUUCCUUCACGCCCGAAGGGACCCUGUACUCGCUUUUCUUGCCGAAGGGCCAAACCUCGUUGAAGUUACAAGUGAGCGCGGCCGAUCCCAGUGCGACCAUCACGGCCAUACCCCCGACGGGAACGAUGGCAGCCCUACAGAGUGGCGUGCUGUCGGACAAUCUACAAGUUGCUACUGCGGGCGUGCUUAUCAUUAGCGUCACGUCGUCCGACGGGCUCCGUUCCAAGCUCUACUACUUCCAGGUCGCGUGGCUCCAGGGCGCGGACCCCUCCCUCCAGCUCCUAUACCUCAGCACCGCAUUGCUUAUCCCCCCCUUCUCGCCGACCACCUUCAACUACACCGCCCAACUCAACCAGGGGAGUGCUUCUGUUAUGCUCAUCGCAGUCGCUUCAGACACAGCCGCCACACUCACGCUCGACUCGGGGAAAUCUCAGAGGGGGCAGAUCUCCCAGCAGAUUCUGCCCCCCGCCGUGGUGCGGCUUGUCGUCCAAUCCGAAAACCUGCUGAGCGCCUAUACGUAUACGGUGACGUUGCUGUCGGCCCCGUUGGCGCCCUUGCCGCCGGCAGCCAAUCUUCCGCCGCCACGUGUUGCCCUCAGCCCGCCCCCGCCCCCGCUCACUGUAAUCCGCGCAAAAGUCAUCUUCGUUACUGGAGUCCCUUCUCCGACCCGUGCCACGUCAGCAUCUUUCACGUUCUACGCGAUUGAGGGGGGGACUUCGUGCAGCUUAUGCUCCUUCUACUGCAGCCUGGACCUGGCCCCCUUCAAAACGUGCGCGUUCGACGGGGCGCCCGCUUAUGACCCUUCGCUCCAGCAGCUUAUCUACGCAGUCCCUGUCUCCGGGGUCACGGCGGGAACGCACACGUUCCAGGUGCUCGCGUUAAACGGUAACGGCUUCAGCAGUGCCCCCGCGAGCGUCACGUGGGUGGUCGACACUAACCAUCCCCUAACCACAAUUGUGGCCAACGUUCCCGACCACCGACCGACCAGCGUUCAGAACGUCGUAUUCAAUGUGAGCGUCCGGGACUGGGCGCCGGACGGAGUGACGCUGGUCUCGUGUCCAGAUUGCACAUCACGGUGCCGGAUUGAAGGCGGAGAUUUUGCCCCGUGUCAUCAGGGCGCGCCCAUAAGCUACUCCCUGCAACCGGGGUCGCACACGUUCGCGGCGCAGAGCAUAGACGUGGCCGGCAACGAGGAGAGCCUUCCGGUGACGUUCACGUUUGUGAUCGCGCUCAAUCGUCCGGAAGGUCAGUUCACGGCGACGCCCCCCGUGGUGACAGGAUCGCCGACCGCUCGGUUCACUUUUCGCGGCAAAAUUCUGGGCUCCUACGACCGGUGCACAAACUGUACGUUUACGUGCCAGCUGGACCAGCAACCGGGGCAGGCCUGCCUGCAGGGGACGGCCGGAAUAACUUACAGCAACCUCACCAACGGUGCCCACACCUUCUUCCUCACGACAACCGAUCCCGACGGAAUCCUCAACUCGAAGCUCUCAUACAACUGGACAGCGGUCCUAGUCGGACCAAAAACCGGCAUCUUCUCUUUUCCCCCGACUCCAACCGCACUCCCCAACGCGACUUUCCGGUUUGGCGCCGUCACGCCCGGUCCUUCCUCCCCGGUGUCUUGCCCCGGCUGCCUCUUCUACUGCGCCCUAGACUCCGGCUCCCCCCGGUCAUGCGACCCGGCGACCGGCGUAACCUACGCCCCCCUCUCCGAAGGGCCCCACUCGUUCGCCGUCAAAGCAGUCGACGUGUUCGGCAACGUGGGCGCCUCCGCGGGCUACACGUGGCAGGUCAACUUCAGCCUCCCGCUCGGAAACGUGAUCACCGGCCCCCCCCCGGUGACGAACAGCAGCGCAGCGGUGCUGCGGUUUACGGGCACUCUGAGAGACUUGCCGUGCGGGGGGUGUAGUUAUGAGUGUCAAGUGAACGGGGGGCCGUUUCUGGGCUGCGACGCGGGGAUCCCCCUGAAGUUGCUGGGGCUCCAGCAGGGGCAGCAGUCGUUGGUGGUUAUGGUUACGGACAAUCGGAACGUCACGACGCUGUCCGCACCGUACGAGUGGGUCGUCGACACAAUACCCCCCAACGUCUUAAUAGUUUCCGGUCCGCCCACCACCGCGAGUUCCGGAACUGCCCAGUUCCGCUUCGGAGCAACGGAUCAGAUCAACGGCGGCCUGUCAGACUGCGACACGUGUACAUACCUCUGCUCUUUGGACGCCCAAGCUUACAAACCGUGUCCAAACCCGGUUCUACUGACAGAUCUUAACCCGGUCCUGCUAACGGGUUUAGGCGGGGAGAACUCCCUAACCGUCCACGUGUUGGCCGUUCUAGCCGUCGAUGUGGCCGGUAACGUCGCGUCGGUUGCUGCCAGGUAUACCUGGGUCGUGGACAAACGGCUUCCGGUGAUAGGACUGGUGUCUGGUCCGCGGAACUCGAGCAGUGUAGUCAGCGGAACGGUCGUCUUCUCCGCCCGGGACCAUUCCCCGGGUGCGACAUGUGCCAAUUGCACCGCGCUUUGCGUGCUCGACAGUCAGCCCCCGGUCGCUUGCACCGGGAAGUUCUCAGUCAACGGGACCGUUCUCGAAGUGGACUACGAAUCCCUUGGAGAAGGCCCGCACGCAGUCACGGUCUCCGUCACCGACGAUCUGGGUAACACUGGGAGUUUUGUCUAUUCCUGGGUUAUCGAUCUCAUUUCUCCAAGUGUGGAGAUACUAACCCCGAGAUCACCCACCAGUCAAAAUCCAGUUACAGUAGUCGUCAGAUUCGGUGAACCGUGUCUUGGGGGCGGCGGCUUCACAUGCCGCAGUACAACCUCGUGCGAGCUUGGUGUGAACGGGCAGGCCUUGCCCGACCCAAGCAGUUUCUUCCAAUCCGGGGGGGGCGAAUUCACGCUGAACUUCAUCCCCCUGGGCGAUGGGCCCAUUGUUUUCACGAUCGCAGCGGGCGUUUGCACGGACGCCGCUGGCAAUCCAAACGCUGCCGCGAACGCUUCGGUCUACUUUGAAUCGCACGGGCCGAGGCCGAAUUUGAGACCCGCUCUUGACGCGCUCAGACUUCCUCCCGGGCAGGGGAGAAAUCUUUCGUGGGGCACCAAUAAGUCCCCGGUCGAUUUCUCAGUCACUUUUGAUAGACUGGUAGCAGGCUUUACCGCGGCUGAAGUGUCGGUCGCCGGUGGCAAACUUGCCAAUUUUCGGAGCCAGGCGAGCCUUUUCCCGACCGGAAGCGCCUCCAACUUCAGCGCAAUCCAGGCCGUCGGAUCGACCGCUCUGGUCGUCAUCAACGGCGGCGCGGCCGCGAGCCGCGCGCAGGGCGACAGCUUCUCGUUCCAAGUGUGGCCGGACGGGCCCGGCACAACUUUCAGCGUUUGGGUUCCGUCCAACCGCUGCACGGAUUCCGUCGGAAGCGCGAACGAAGCGUCGGAAACGCUAGAGAUCCUGUACGAUGUAGAGAGUCCCACAGUGGAGCUGAGCGCUUACGACAGCGGUGGCGGCGAUCUGAGUUCGCUGACGUCCUCCGUGCGCACGGCGGCCGUCUUGGUGCGCUUUAGCGAGCGCGUGCUGGCGUCAUACGCCGCCGGAGUGACGUCAGCAAACGGGGCGGUUAUCAAAGGGACGGCGUUCGGUGUCGGCCAGGUUUUGACGGCGGAUUGUAGUGUGACGGGGGUUGAGGCACAGGGUGACGGGCUGGGUUACGUCAUAACGGUGGCGCAAGAUGUCACAGUGACACGUGGCAGUGCGCGCGUGUGGGUGGGCGCGGGCGCGGUGAUGGACUUGGCUGGAAACGCGAACGCGGAGUCCAACGUGCUCGAUGUUGAUUUCGGUUAUUCCGGCUUGCUCGCCACCGCUGGCGGAACUUCGCUCAGCGUAAACUUCUUGACAGCCGCAAUCGCGUCAACGGCCGCCAUUUCCGCCCUCGUCGCCGCCUCGCCCGUCCUUUCCGUUCUGCUCAGCGGAGCGUCCGGCGCCGGAGCCGCCGGAAUCCCGGCCUGGGCCCCCGGCGCGACGAGCUACGUCGUACAGGGAAACUUUUUGGGGUUAGCGUCAACCGUGCAGGGGUUUGCGCUCCUGCGGAAACUGGCCGUGCAGCAGCCGGCUGUGUUUACGGAAGUCGCUAAUCAGCUGGCAUGGACGAAUCUGGAAAGUGGUUCCACCACAUCGAGCGUGCAAUUAACGGCCGGAACUAAUCUGACACCCCCGCCUUCAAGCGCCUCAAAGCGGCGCCUCCUACAAACGAGCACCGCUGGCGCCGCUUAUGUCCAGUUCAACGUGGCAGUUGAAGCACACGCCUUGACAGCUGGACUCCUCUUAUUCCGCGUGCUCCUGGUUCUUUCUGCCGCCACUAUCCUCCGCAUCUCGCUGGGGCUGCUGAUCUCGCGUGGUCUCCGGCGGCCCGUUCCGGCUCCGCUGCACUUCCCUCGUCCGGAACUCGUGGCCGGACUCCUGUCCUUCUCUGCGCUGACGCAAGCGUGCGCGGCGCUGAUGCAAGGUUCCGCGUUGCAGGCGUUCUGUGGCAGCGUGCUGCUCAUGCUGCUCCCUUUCGGCGCAAUCGUGGCUCUUCUGGCGUUUUUGGCGUCCAAAGUAAUCUUGGGUUCAGCGGUGUCGUUCCAGGAGGAGUGGAGGCCUCCUCCGCGCGCCACGUGGCGCCGGCGUAUGCUCGAGGCGUUCGUUGUCACGGAGAGCACUGGCCGGUGGGUCGAUGACCGCGUGAGCGGCCGCCACGUGGCAGCACGCUUUGGCAUCCUCUUCGAAGCGUUCCGGGCGCCCGAAACGACUUUCGUCGUCCGGAAAGAAGUGCCGGGCCGCAAAGUUCGUCAAGAAGUAGAGCGAAGGGUUUCAGCCCGGGAGAGACCAGCACGCGACGGAAGCGGCGACGUCAUCGGCAGCGCCGAAAGACCUGGGAGUGAUGUCGUCUCUGAGAGGGCCCCGGAGAGCGCGAGCGCGCGGCUCGCGCGCUUCGUCGACCCGCUCUGCGCGCUCGCGCGUUUGCUCGCCACAUGUCAUUUGGGGGCGGUGCUGACGAAGAAGCUGAUCUUUGGCGCGUUUCUCGGCGCCGUGGGUGGACACGUGGCGGGCGGGGGGCCGAACAUGACCCAGCUGACGGCUCUUCUGGUCACGUGCCUGGGGUAUCUGGGCUGGCUGCUUAUGGGGAAGCCGUAUAUAAGCCGGGCCUUGCAAGCGGUUGAAAUCGUCGUGGCCCUCCUAGAGCUUCUCACGCUGAGCCUAGCGGUGCAGUCUGGGCGCGAAGAGUUCAAAGGUUCCGCUAAGGACCGGGGCUUGGGAGUACUCAUGCUUGUACUGCAAGUACUGGCGAUCGGAAUACAAAUUUUGUACCAGUGGUGGGCGAGCGUGACGGAGCUCCGGGCGCAGUGGGUGCUAUGGGCGGAGCGGAGAGCGGAACGCGCGGAACGCAUGGAAGGAAGAGUGGUGCUAGAGCAGCAUUUGGCGGUUGGGGGAGCUGAACGGGUGGAACGGACGGGAAGACAAGCGGCCCGAAAGGCACACCGGAAGGACAAAGGAGCGGAAAGAAUAACACGUGCCGAGGAACUCGUUGGUGAAAGGAAGAAGGGGACAGAAAGAAGAGCGGAACGCGCGGAGUGGGCGGAAGGAGACGGAUCCGGAGAGCGACACUUGACGGGAAAGCAAGCGAAACGGACAGCACGGAUUGAAGGGCCAGAAAGGCAGGUUUUGCUAGAACGACCCGUGGUCGGAGCGUCGGUAAAGGCGGGAGCGGAAAGCAGAGACGGGUCGAGAGAAGCAAGGAAGGGAGCCCCGAUGACACGAUCCUGGGCGGAGGAUGGGGCAGAAAGUACUCGGGUGGAGCGCUAUCGGGGCGCCGGGCUGGAUGAAACCGCGACCGGCGCGAGAAACCGGGGCAAGAGUCGGAACGGAGAAGGGCCUUUCAAGGGACCGCGGGAGGAGCGUAAGGUGAUGACGUCCCCCAAGCCGCAGCGGAUGCGGAAGGACGGCGACUCGUACCAGCGGAACUCCGGCCGCGGGCAGGACCUAAAGCGGAGGCCUGCGAGAGCGGAACGGCGCCCCGGAACGGGGGGGCUGGGAGAGAGCCGGCCGGCGGUGCGCUGGCCCCCGCGUUUGGAAACAGACGGGGGCCGCUCAGCGGAUCCGCCGGAACGGAGCGGAACGGGGUCGAAUGACUCUGCGCCUGACCGGACGCAAGCGAUGCGAGCCCCGACCGCCAGUCUGUUGCGGCUGGCCAGCGGCCGGGCGUUGAGAGGAUCCUCCAGCAUGCGCUGGUUCGUCGUAAACGAAGAGAAUGAACAGGGGGGGGAGCCGGGAAGCGGGCCCGGAGAUGCGCUCCAAAGAGCGCUCAGAAUGGCGUCCAGUCUAGUUCCCAGGUGGCCGGGGCAGAGCACCGAGCGUGCGGACGGGGCAACCCAGCUCAGGCGGACCAAGGGAACCGUGGCGGUGUUCACAUUUGAGGAAGAGGACGUCACUCUGUGA